AUGAGUUCGGUAUCAGUUGCGUCAAUGUUGUUCGCCGGCGGCUGCCGCAGCCUCGCCGUUCCUUUAGCGGCACGCGCACUUCGCAUUUCACUUAACAAACACCUCACAUUACACGCCUCUAGUUGGUGCUGUCGGAGUUCACACAACAGUACCGUCUCACUCGCCGGUGAAACUGAAUCCUCAACCGCCGACGUCGGAAACUUAACCGAUACUUGUUCUUCCAAUAGCUACCCUAAGUACGAUCGAUUGCUUCCAUGUCCAAAACACAAAUCUCCACCAAGAAUUGAACACUUAGUUGUUUCAGAAGGAGGAAAUGUAUUAGAAUACAUUUGCAAAGCUUUGGAUCUUCCUCAUUUGUAUGUUGCAGACCUGAUUCAUUUCGGAGCUGUGCAUUUCGCGCUUGUUUGUCCGAAGCCUCCUCCUACUGCUACUGCCGAGCAAAUUAGGGUUUUCAAACAAGUAACGGAUCCGUUGGUUUUGCGGAAAAGAGGUUCUAUCAAAGGAAAAACUAUAAGAGAAGCACAGAAAACUUUUCGUGUAACUGAUGGAGAUCAGUUUGUUGAACCGGGAACUUAUUUGCGAGUUCACGUGCACCCCAAACGUUUUCAUAGGUGCUAUGAGAUUGACUGGAGAUCAAGGAUUAUAGCUGUGAAGGAAUCUUAUGUAGUUUUGGAUAAACCUGCUGGUACUUCGGUAGGUGGCACUACCGACAACAUUGAAGAAAGUUGUGCAACCUUUGCAACUCGUGCCUUGGGAUUGACAACACCGUUGAUGACUACCCAUCAGAUUGACAACUGCACGGAAGGCUGUGUAGUAUUGGCUAGGAAUAAAGAGUAUUGCUCUGUCUUUCAUGGCAAAAUACGGGAGAAAAAAGUGAAAAAGCUCUAUCUUGCUCUUGCAGCUUCUCCUUUACCAAUUGGAAUCAUUAACCACUAUAUGCGUCCUAUUAACAUGGCACCUCGACUUAUUUCUGAAGAUUUUAUCAAGGGAUGGCUUCUUUGUCAACUCGAGGUCAUGGAAUGCAGAAAGGUUCCUUGGCCAACUAGUGUUGUUCAAGAUGAAUAUUGUGUUGAAGACUGUGGGUGGCCAUCUCAAGAUUAUGCAUACGAGUGUAAAAUCAACCUUCUUACUGGUCGAACUCAUCAGAUUCGAGCUCAAUUUGCUGCUUGUAAGGCACCUUUAAUUGGUGAUUCUAUGUAUAUGCCAGCUGCAAUUGCAGAGAUGAUUAAUCUUGGACUUAAUCCAUUUGGAAAGUACAAGAAAGAUUUUACCAGUGAGAGUGAAAAAGAAACGGAUGUUACAAAUUGGAUUGCACAGCAUGGAAAAGAGCCAAGUGCUGCAAUUGGCCUUCAAGCUUGUCAAAUUUCAUGGGAUGAUGAUGAACACUUAUACAGAGCUGGUUUGCCUUGGUGGAGGUGUUAA